AGACCCUUUUUGCAUGAGGGUAGAAACUUGAGAAAAUAUUUGAAGAGAUCAUCACUUGUCACACAAACAAAUUAACAUGAAACUAGAUGUGGUACUAAUUAUUAUAGUAGCCAUCAUUUUUGGAAUUGGUCUUGAUGGAUACCAUUGCAAGAUGGUGCAGUUCAUUUUUGGAGACUCUCUCUCUGAUGUUGGAAACAAUAAGUACCUAUCCAAAAGCCUUGCUCAAGCAAGUUUGCCUUGGUAUGGUAUUGAUUUGGGAAAUGGACUUCCUAAUGGAAGGUUCUGUAAUGGUCGUACAGUUGCUGAUAUAAUAGGUGACAACAUGGGGCUUCCUAGGCCUCCUGCAUUUCUGGAUCCAUCUUUAAGUGAAGAUGAUAUUUUGGAAAAUGGAGUGAACUAUGCUUCAGGAGGUGGUGGCAUAUUGAAUGAAACUGGCAGUUAUUUUAUUCAAAGGUUUUCUCUCUACAAACAAAUUGAACUGUUUCAGGGGACACAAGAACUAAUUAGAAGCAAAAUUGGAAAAGAGGAGGCAGAAAAGUUUUUUCAGGGAGCUCGUUAUGUUGUUGCUUUAGGAAGCAAUGACUUUAUCAACAAUUACUUGAUGCCUUUGUAUAGUGAUUCAUGGACAUUCAAUGAUGAAACAUUCAUUGAUUACUUAGUAGGAACACUUCAAGAACAACUGAAGCUACUGCAUAGCUUAGGAGCAAGACAACUGAUGGUGUUUGGGCUAGGCCCAAUGGGCUGCAUUCCCCUUCAGAGAGUACUUACUACAUCUGGUAAUUGUCAAGAAAGAACAAACAAGUUAGCUAUUAGCUUUAACAAAGCUUCAAGCAAGGUAGUAAAUGACUUAGGGAAGCAACUUCCCAAUUCAAGCUACAGAUUUGGAGAUGCAUAUGAUGUGGUUAAUAAUGUGAUUAGCAACCCAAGCGAGUUUGGAUUUGAAAACGCAGACUCACCAUGUUGCUCCUUUGGGAAGAUUAGACCUGCUCUUACAUGUAUACCAGCAUCAACAUUGUGCAAAGAUAGAAGCAAGUAUGUGUUUUGGGAUGAGUAUCAUCCAUCAGACAAGGCUAAUGAGCUAAUUGCAAAUGAACUCAUCAAGAAAUUUGGGUUUAAGCGUGUUGAUCAAACAGAAGCUCCUUCACCAUCACCUACUCCAGAUGCUUAAUUAAUUGUAGUUUCUCUUGUCAUUGAAUUUGUUUUGUAAUGAAAGCAAGUAUCUUUGUGUUGCUUUGAGCACUCAUACUUAAUUUCUUGUUAUGGUCUAAACUUGUAAUCAUACUUAAUUUUUUUGUUUUUCAUUUGUCAAAGUAUUCAUUUUUUAUUAGAUCAAAAUAUUCAUAUUAAAAGAGGGCAAAAGCCUCAAUACGGCACCUACAUCAAAUAGGCCCACUAAAUAUAUAUAUGCCUUUACUAA